AUGCCAGACCUCACUGCCGCCGAGCUCAGCAUUCCGGCCGAGCAGCACCCCGAUCCCGCAAAGCCACUGGUGAUACCCGUCGACUCAACAGUGGUAGGCUCUACCCUGCGCUUCAUUCCGUGGUCUGUGGUGGGCAAUCCGGCCCUCCUCCAGCUGCCCCCUCCUCCUCCGGGGAUGCAACCGUCGUGGGUCCAGAUUCCGCAGUGGGUCGCCAUCAGUGCGCUGCUUCCCUUCAGUGAGCCCGAGCCCGCUGUGGCCACCCACUUUGACAGGCUCAGCGUCUUGCGGCUGGCCGUAUUGGCCGCGGCUUGGCGCCGCAUCCUCGGUGCCUUGUCCGACCUCGGCGUUUUCAGCACGGUGCACGUGGAUGAGGAUGCGUUCCGUACGGUGUGCAUCCAGGCUCUGCACUCCCGCCAAAUCCCGGUGCCCGAGCUCUAUCUGCAGUGGGGCGAUUUGGGGUACUCUGAGGCUAUCGUGCCCUUGGGACCAGCGCCAUCUGCAGAAGCGAAGGCCGUCGACUUCUUGCAGUACGCGACGGUCGGGGCUCUUUGCGACCCUACGGCCGACGUCCCGUUCGCAGCCCUGUCUGACAUGACCCGCUGCUUGGGGCCCGUCUUCACGGCGGCGGCGCGCGUCGAUCCCAUGGGGAGCGCCGUCGUGGGGGCUGCAUCGCUCGCCGCCGCCGCUGGUCACAUCACUCCGCGAGCGAGCGAUGGGCAUCCCGCCCUGCUCUCUCGGCAUGUGCUCAGCAUGCUGAAGACUACCCGCUCGAGUUUCCCGGCCUGCCUGAGGACCAACUCUUUUCAGAACUACUCUGCGGAGGUUGAGACUCGCGCCGAGUAUGUGGGCGGGACCGCCGUGGCGCGCGACCGAGUGGCCGAGCAGCGUUGCUCGCGCGCUAUUGCAGCCAAGGCGCCGACGCUCGACUCCCUGCUCCGUGCGCUGCCUCGGCCAACACCCCCGUCGGUCGUUUAUGAAGCCUACCGGCAGCUCGUCUCGCUCUACUUUCCGACGGAUCGGCGCCCUAUGGACCUGCUCCUGACUGAUCUGGAUGCUCAGCUUCACGCGCGGCUGCCCACCUACCAACACGCGCUGACCAACGGCAAGCCGUUCGCUUCGAUCCUGGCGGGGUUGCGCAAGCUUCACGAAUCGCUCGAGCCCUCGAGGAAGGCGCCAGUCAUGACUUCGACAGGCGACUCCGAGGACUCGGCGUUGGGCAAGUUCGACCCCCACGAGUCGGCGGUCGAGACCGCCCUGUUGCGUGUCUACGGAGGGAGUGUCUUCGGCUCACGCCAGGGCGCUCGUUGCUCCUCCGUCUCUUUGUAUCUUCCAUACUGCGUUUAUCAGAAGACCGCGUCCACCCAUACUGCUGUGAAGCAGCGCCGCCGGCGCGAGAGUGGUAGCCUCUCGGCGCUGCUGCAGCCGUCGCAGCCGUGGGUGUCCGCGGCGUUCGCGGCCGUCAGCGCACCGCUGCCCGAGUGUGGCUUGGACGCAGAUGGCGCCGCGCCGCCAGCGCUGCUGCCGCCGCCGCCGCCGCCGGGCCAGCCUGCGCUGACCGACGCGGUGGUGCUGCGCGUGUGGUCAACGGAGGGGCAAUGCGAGGGGAUGACGCGCCAGAGCGGCGGGACAGAGCGAUGCCGGGUGCAUCGCAAUAGCCCGUACGCAGUCGCGGCACCGCUGCGCCGCGGCGAGCGGUACUGCGGCCACCAUCACCCCGACAAGUUCACCGGGGUGCAGUGCGCAGGGCAGCGCAAGCACGGCAAGGGCCGAUGCCGAGUGUGGAGCGGUUGCUGCUAUGCCGAUGCCGCCCCGCUCCGUCGCGGCAGCCCCUACUGCCACCACCACCGCGUGCGCUGCGUGGGGCUGACGCAGUCCGGCGCGCGCUGCACCGUGACGAGCUCCUCCGAGAACGUGCACGCGCAGCCGCUGCGCGACGGCGAGCUGCACUGCGCACACCAUCAGCCCGCGGCGCCAUCGUCGCUUGCUCCAUCGGCGCCCUGUCCACGCGCCGCGGUCAGCGAUCGGGCCAUCGUGCUCGGUAGCGGCGAAGAUUUCGAGGGCCCGGACGGGCCGCUGCCGCCAUCCAUCGCGAUCGUUGAAAGCGAGGCCAGGCUAGAGCAGGGCAACUGCCUUACGCAGCUACUCCGACGCUUCCCUGCACUUCACUACACCUCGAUCAAGUACAGUGACCCCACACUCCCCCACUUGUGGGUGCUCCCGCUCGAGGGGCAAACGGCACAAACGGGCCGGCUCGCGGACUUCAUGGUGAGCUUAGGGCUCACUGUGAGAGAGCAAGACCUUGACUACGAGAGCUCCGAUGACGAUGCAGCCAGCGAUGUCGACAGCGCGCGUUGCGAUGAGCCGCUGGACCCUGACGUAGAGGCGGAGUUGCCCGAUUAUUUUUAA